UUCGAUAAGUUUUCAAAAUGAUGAAAGUGUCAGUGGAAAUGGCUCAAGAUCAGCGCCCCAGUGGAACUAAAUGCUAUUCCAAGUUUUCAAGUGUGAUUAGUCGGUUGUGGUCUGGGAGGCAAGACUAGAUCGAAAUCCCGCGGUUGUCGGCCCUAUGCAUAAAUCCUCCAGAUUUAGCAAGGGUAUUCUCAUUUCUCUUCGGAAUCGAUAUGCUGUUUCUAUUGCGAUCAAUAGAGUCUUCUAUUAGUGCCUGUUAGAACAUAUUUAAGGCCAGCUCUGCCUUUUGUUUAAUAGCAAAUUCAUUUUAUUACUACGGCGACAAUGCCCGAGUCCAAGCCCAAUCUUACAGGUGACCUUAAACCAACCAGCAUACCGCAUGGCGCUUGGGAUUCGUUUCCUUGGGAACCAUUGCCAGAAUGGGGUGGAUCUAAAUCAGUUAUUUAUCGUUCACAAGACGGAAAGGUAGCGAUGGGUGCUUUUCGGGAAACGGGUAAAGCAACGUUGACAUAUCCCAAUGACGAGUUCUUUAUUGUGACAUCAGGAUGGAUUGACGUCAAAAUCAAUGGUGGUGAAAGUUUUCGGAUGACUAAAGGGGAUUUAACUUUCAUCAAAAAAGGGCAAACGGUGGAUUUCGUUUUCAGCGAUGACUCUGCAAAUGUGGCCGUGUAUAUCGGUGAUGAAAAAAUUACAAUGUGUUAAAUAUAAUCGUAUUGAAUCCUUUAUUUGACGGUAUAAUAGCUUCAGCUUUCAAAU